AUGACCACCGGCUACUACCCUACCCAACAGCCCCGCGGCGAUUUCCAGCAAGAAUGGAACUGGCGCUAUCCAGGCUGGCCACCGCUUUUCACGCACGCCCAUCGCGGUCCCCGUCGCAACGCCCCAGCAGAACUACCCUUCAAAGAACACCGGCCCGAUCGCGGCGGUGGCUGGUGGCAAGGCGACCGCAAACUCAACCAUUUCAAACCAAACUACUACUUCACCCGCCCCUGUGACGGCAAGCGGACUGGUGCUCUAGGCCGCAUGAAAGAUGCUUUGACGGGUGAAGGGCCGGACGUCUUCCUCACGAUGUCCGGGGAUAAACGCAGUCUUAUGCGCGAUCGGCCGCAGCGGCAUCAGUGGUCUGGGUGGGGGCUGACGGCGAAAGAAAUUCUGGAUCGCAGGAUUUACGAUAUGGAUUGGCGGGCUUGCGACGAGAUGCCGGUGCGGAAUAUGACGUGGACGCAUGAUAGGAUGCACGAGCCGAUGUAUGAUUUCCGUCCGAGGGAGUUCUUGUCGCCGCGGAAGGCGUGGCGGAACCAGGAGAAUGUGUGGACGAAUGUCGAUUGGGCGCCGGGGGCGAAGAGUGGGAGUUUGCCGUUGAGUUCUAGGGAUUAUUAUGGGAAUUGGACUACGCGGGUGCCUCAGUGGGCUGGCCGGUACCCGGGAGGGAGGCCGUGGCCGAGGGAUUAG